AUGGUUGGCUUUGGCGUUGUCCCCGCUGUAAAUCAGCAGAGCACACACCCCUUCGCUGGCUUUCAGACGGGCCAGAGAUUUGUUGUGUCAUGUCUUGAUGACGUGUCAUGUGCGGAUAAUGGUCCGCCUAUCAUGGGCGUCGGUGGUGCGGAGGACUCUAACGGCAGGGGAGGAGGAGCUGGUGGCGUAGCGAUACUACAGAUAGCCGACCCCGUUAUAGCAUCAGGACGUGCGGACCCCGUUAUAGCGUCAGGCCGUUUACCGUCUCCUGACAGCACCCCGCUUAGUAGCACAGCUGACGAUUCGCAAGGUUACGAGCUCCCUCCUAAGAAACCCUCCGCUUACCGCGAUGCGUGGGCGGAGUUAAACGCUACUUUAGGCGCUGGGAAAAGCAGUAGCGAGCUUGGGAAAGAGAGCAGCCGUUUAAGCAGGAGAGAAAUAUCUAUGGCGGAAGGAGAGAGGCGGCGCGUGUCUAGGUCGAGUCGCGGCCUUGGAUUGGACGAUUAUGACGACGAGCGGGAGCGCGGGAGCGGAGGGAGGUCGAUUAACGGGGUAUUGCGCCGCGAGAAAUCCCCCCGCCCUGAGCGCGGCCGCCACGCAGUCGACGACUACGGAGGCGCACGGCCGUCUACGUCAGGAGGGAGGCGAAUGCGUCGCGAUAAUUCAGGCGCAGAUGACCUGUCGACCGCCGGUGCUGGCCGGCCUCCUGAUUGGUUGCGAGAAUCUGGCGGCGCAGCUCGGCCAGCGACCAGCGGGGGGCGGAGAAUGCGUUCGUCCGGUCUCGGGGGGAUGGGUGGGGAGGAUGGCGGAACGCUUGUCUCUCCGCGGAUGGGUGGGGACAGACCCGUUGGUUCUCCGCGCGGGAUCCCCAAAUCGCACUCCGCCGCGCGCGCAGCGGGAGGGGGAUUCGGGGGGAGCGCGCGGGAGCGCUUGCAGUCCCCGCUGGCGGAAGACGCGGAGGAAAUAAUGUCCCCUUCUAGGGGGCGUUCUGUGAGUAGGUGGGUGGAGGAGUCUAUUCAAGAAGGGGGCGCGGGCGCGGGGGCGGGGGGAGCAGGCGCAGGGGGGGGGGAGCGGGUUCCCGCAAACAUGCGGUUUGCGCGACGGUGCAGAUCGGUGCAAGUGUACAACGCAGGCGAUGACCCGGAUAGUAAGAUUAACCGGUCUGCUUCUAGCGCGUCCGAGGCUAAAAUUGCGCUCGGCGGGGCCGGAGGGGCGGCAGGUGGGGCGGGCAGCGGUGGCGGGCGGCCGAUUUCGCCGGAUCGCGAAAGCAUGUCGUCAACGUCGUCGUCCGUGCGACGGUACCAUCCAAAACACGGAGACGACGAUAUCGCGUACGAGGAGGGGGAGAGGCGGCCCCGGCGCAGGGCGUUGGGGGACGAAGACGACAUGGGCAGGCGCGCGGGGAGCAUGCGCGAGCGGGGGGACGGCGGGUUUGAACACACUCCCCGCACGCCCCCCCCGCGCAUGCGCUCGAGAUACGCGGACGAGGGCGGGCCAAUGCGGUCCCCGCUUAGGCGGAGGCCGCCGGGGGAAAGAGAUCCGCACCGCCCGCCGUCCCGCCAGAGCUCUCACGCCUCUGAUGCGGGGGACCCCGGCUCCGCGCUCUUCCCGCGCCCGCCCUCGCGGAGCAGCGGAGCGGGGGGGGAAAUGCCCGCGCCUAGCCCCUCGGGAAGGCUGCGAAGCGCAGCCGGUAGGCGGAGUGCGGUGGAACACGGGGAAGGGGGGGCGCGCCCGCGGACGCCGACGGGGAUGGAGAUGGCGGGGCGAAUGGGGUUUGCGGGGGAGGGGCUAAGCCGUCCGAAAACGGCGGAUGUGCAUGGGCGGAGGGCGGGGGUCCCCCGUUCCGCUUCGACCACUGAGGGAACUCCGCUGGCGGGCAUGCUUUCUAAGGAGCGGGGGGAGAAGGGGGUUCCGCGCUCCGCGUCCGAAUUGGCGGAUGAGGAGGAGGAGGCGGGGGGAUAUGGGGGGCACAGGGGCACUCGGUACACUGGUGCAAUGCGAUCGAGAACGGUGGCGGGUCCGGGGGCAGAGGGGGAAUACGAUGACGAGGAGGAGGAGGAGGAGUUGCGGUUGAUUGAGGAGAAGGAGCGCAGGCGCAGGCGCGCGGAGCGCGCACGCAGGAUGCGCGAGGACGUCCCCGAGGGGAGCCAAAUGGACGGCGAGGAUGCGUUUUGA